UCUGAGGACACCCAGCAGCCAACUCUGGGCAGCAGCAGCUGCAGCGGACUCAGCAAGCGCACCCCAAAGCAGCGCCCCCCCCCCCCGCCUGCGAGCCUCGGUGUCCCAACUCGGACAGAUUGUCCUAUUCGGUUCUGCACUAUGGGAGUCUGUUGACUCCCCAACCUGGGGGCAGCCUUCCCUCUCCGUCACCACUGCGCGUUUUCGAAAAAGGCGCAGGCACGUAAUUCGGCUCUGGACUGCUCAUUUUGGCUGGGUGAAAUCAGGCUCUGUUUCAAAAAUAACACGUUCUUGAGGAACAGAAGAAGAAGAAGAAAAGAAGGACCCUCCGUUCCCCAAGAUAGCAAUUCCAGGAUUUUCCUUUUUAACUAGAACACAUAGACACGAUAUUACUUCAUUUUUUUUUCUUUCCGGGAUUUUGGAAUGCUGGGCUCCAUCAAAAUGGAAUCGCACGACAUUUCUGAAUGGACAUCAUACUAUAACGAACCCACGGAGGUCUUUCCUUCAGUGAGCACCAUGACCUCCAGCCUGGGGCCUAUGAACCCGAUCAAUUCCUACGUGACGUUGAACCCGCUCAGUUCCCCCAGUUCCAUGAACAUGACGUACCCGAGCAGCGGCCUGGCCAGCCCGUCGCUGACGGGGCUCACCAACGCCAGCAGCCCCAUGGGCCUCCCCACAGUGGCGUCCCCGGUCAGCCCGGUGCUGACGCCCCUGGGGGCUCAGGCACCCGCUCUCAAUUCGCUGUCCUCCUAUCCAAAUGUCGGCCAGCCCAUGGCCCCUCUGGGCUACUCUCCGUCGAGCAUGAACCGGCCCAAGGAGAUCAGCAAGUCCUACCGGCGCACCCUGACCCACGCCAAGCCGCCCUACUCGUACAUCUCGCUCAUCACCAUGGCGAUUCAGCAGGCCCCGAGCAAGAUGCUGACUCUCAACGAGAUCUACCAGUGGAUCAUGGACCUCUUCCCCUACUACCGCGAGAACCAGCAGCGCUGGCAGAACUCCAUCCGCCACUCGCUCUCCUUCAACGACUGCUUCGUCAAGGUGGCCCGUUCCCCGGACAAGCCCGGCAAAGGGUCCUACUGGGCUCUCCACCCAAAUUCCGGCAACAUGUUCGAGAACGGCUGCUACCUGAGGCGCCAGAAGCGUUUCAAAAUUGAGGACAAGGCCAAGAAGCCCAACUCCAAAGCUUCCGGCGCCCAAGACCAGCCCCCAAAGAUUCCCGAAGGUCUUCAAGAAGGCCAGAGCUCAGAGGGCGCCGAGUCAGGCCAUUCAGACACCUCCCAUGGGUCCGAGGAGCAGAGGGGCCUGGUCCAGCUGGACUGCUCGGGGGGCCAGGGCUCCUCCCCAGCGUCUGAGGCCUCCCCAGCCCCCAUCUCCCAGUCUAUGAACAGCCACUACUUCGCCACCUCCAUUACCAACCUGGAUCUUCCAAGUGAGCUCAAAAUGGACCCUCAGUUCAACUUCAACCACCCCUUUUCCAUCACCAACCUGAUGUCUUCGGAGCAGAGCCACAAGAUCGACCUGAAGUCCUACGAGCAGGCCAUGGCGUACAGCGGCUACGGCUCCCCACACGCCGUGGAAGGCAAGCACGCCUACGAGACGUCCACCUCCCUCAGCGAGACCGGCUCCUACUAUCAAAGCCUCUACAGCCGCUCGCUGCUCAACGCUUCCUAAGGCGGUCGCCCUGCCACCACCAGGAGGAACGGAGGCGGCGGCCAGAACGAAGAGCACCCCUGCCUCGUGCCCCCGUCACCAGCAAGGCGUUUCCUCCGUGGCCAACCCGCCACGACCUGGCUGGGGCAAAGGCGCGACCCACGGACCGCGCGCUUUCCGGACCUCAAGAGCUCGACGGCCGCCAAGCGCUCCUUCAGAGGCCUUCACUUCAUUUCCGUAGACUCGCUUGGCCAUGACGACUAGGGGGCUGCAAGGAGGAGGAGGAGGUCGUCCCGGCCGUGCUGCCAUCAGCCCACGGCCUGCUGGGUAAAAGCGGCCGGCGAUCCACCUUCACUUCGGUUUGCCUGUGCUGUCGGGCCCCCGAGGGCCAGUCGCAGCAUCCCCAGAAGAUGGCCCCCAGCAAGCUUCUUACAGAUUGAUGCAGAUACGUGAUCCCUCCAGGAGUGGAGUGCCCUCGGAUGGGUCCGUGCACAGGGGAACGGAACGGAAAGGAACGGAACGGAACGAAGAGUCAGCCGUCUGGAGCAAACCGGGGCACAUCCCUCAGCCUGGAACAUGUGACUUUCUUGUCUCAAACAGAUGUUACAGUCUAUGGUUAAACUCUUGUUUUGGCAAUCGCAAACCCACCUAUUUAGGUCAGAAUCACACAUGGCGGGACUCCGUUGUUACACAUACACAAAGGGGUUUGGUUACACUAAAGACAAUUUAGGCCUCAACCUGAAGAGAAGCAGGAAGAGUAUAGUUCAGAAUUUUUUAAAGUGGCUUUAUAUUUAAAUAUUUGUGCUUUCUGUUGGGAAAAAGGGUAAGAAUUGAUUUAAUAUAUCAUACUUUAGAGACGAUUCAGGGGGGUGCCUCUGUUUUCCAUGUGUGUGAGUCUCUCUCUUUUUAAGGUAUUAAUGAUAAUUAAAACAGUAUGCAGGUUUUU